CAUAGAUUCACGGUGUGUUUACGAACGGCGGCUACGGCGGCUCGUCAGACAAAUACAGUUUUCGUCACUAUCGUGUUAAAUACGUUUAAUCCAAAGAGCAGAGUGAAUUAAAUUACAGAUGGCGGAUCCCGCGGUGGCGUCGGGAGGUUCACUGAAUGCAGGAGGGCGUGGGAGUGGUAGUAAAGCAGCUACCAGCCCUGCAGAGAACUACCACCUGGCCCGACGUCGCACCCUGCAGGUUGUUGUCAGUGCCCUCUUGACAGAGAGUGGCUUCGAGAGCGCGGAGAAGGCAGCAGUGGAGACACUCACUGAGAUGAUGCAGAGCUAUAUAACUGAAAUAGGUCGAUGUGCUAAAGCUUAUUGUGAACACACAGCCAGAAGCAUCCCAACCCUGUCGGAUACAGUGGUCACACUCAUUGAAAUGGGUUUCAAUGCCGACACUCUGCCUGUGUAUGCCAAGAGGUCACAGAGGAUGGUUAUAACAGCCCCCCCAGUGACAAACCCACCCGUGACUCCUAAAGCACUGUCAGCGGGACAGAAGCGCACACAUCCAGCUCAUAUCCCCAGCCACUUCCCAGAGUUCCCCGACCCUCACACCUACAUCAAAACACCCGCGUUCAGAGAGCCUGUGUCUGACUACCAAGUGGUGAGAGAGAAGGCAGCGAGUCAGAGGAGAGACGUGGAGCGAGCGCUCACACGCUUCAUGGCCAAGACCGGAGAAACUCAGAGCCUCUUCAAAGAUGACAUCACCGCCUUCCCAUUAAUCGCAGCACAACCAAGCUCCAUCCCCUAUCUCAGUGCCCUCCUGCCCUCAGAGCUGGAACUACAGACCUUAGAGGAGACAGACUCCUCUGAGCAGGACGACCAGACGGACAGUGAGAACACAGCAGGAAACAUCAUCAAUGAUGAUCCCGGGGCUGACAAAGAGAACUCCAUACUUCCUCCCAGCGGCGUUGUUCCUUCUACAAAGGCUAGUGAGGACAAUGUGAUCGACAACCCGUACCUUCGGCCAGUUAAGAAACCCAAAGUGAGGAGGAAGAAAUGAGCCAGAGCCCACCCUGAACCAAAAGACUCAUAUUUGCCACAGUGGUUGGUGCUUUCAGUGGUCCAGUCAGUGACUCCCCCCACAGAGAGGAGCAGCCCGGUGUAGAGACCUGCUGUGUGAGCCGGGACCAUCGGAUGCUGUUGGCUUUUUGUAUGCUGAAUGCCUUCUAUUGAAGAGAGAACUGCAUUUUGUUGUGUUAAUUGUCAUUUUUUUCAGCAAGCACUCACUUUGUUAAAAAUUUGUGAUAUUACUUUGUAAGCAACAUCAUGGUGUGACAUACAGAUCAUACAGGAAUCCAGUCAUUUGUGAAUAAAGAGAACUAUUCCUUUUUUUCCAAA